CAGGGAGGGACAGCAAGAGGUAACUGAUACUCGUACAAUCUGUGCUUUGUGUUUGGCAGUUUGAUUUUCUUUUUAUAGCUACAUCAUGGCAAGUCUGGAGACUCUUCAUAUCUCUCAUCUACCGGCUUCGCUGCCAGUCCAUGUCGCUCUGUAUCGUGACGUACAGAAUGCGCCGUUCCUCAGACAACAGCUCCUUUCUGGAAAUAAAGACUUCGAAUAUGCUCUUAUUGACGCGAGCGUGGUUUUCUCGAGGACUCACGCUCUGGUUGCAGUUUUCAGAGCAGUCAAUGAUUACCUGAACAACCGCCUGAAGUCGCGCAAUGUGCACUCGGAGAUCGUCUUCUCUCUGAGCCCGGCGAACAAUAUCGCCGAUUCGUUCCGGAAAUUUGGUCUGACGGACUCGACGAAGGACCUUUUAAUUAUCAAAGUUUCCCUGACUCCGGAUAUCACUCACGAGUCCGUUGAAGCCCAUCUGCAGGAACAUAUUCAAGGAACACCAGUGCCCUUUGACGAUGAAAUAUUAUCGACGAUUCGUGAUGUUGCGAAAAUCAAGAAGGUUUACAAGUUAGGGUCAUUACCUUCGUCAACUACGAAAGAAGCAAACGGAACCCUCUCCGACGGAGAUCGACAACUAGAGAAAUGCCUACUAGGCGCAAUUGCCUUGCGCGGAGCGACCUGAAUUCAAAUAAUAUCCGUUGGCCAGUUCCUUAAUCUCUCAAUCACCUAAUGCCAAGAAACAAUUGGCGGCGUUUCCUCCCAAUGAGAUGCGACAAGUCUCAUACACACUUUCCCGCUACAGGGGCAAAAACCACUUUAUGACAGUGAGAGAAGGCAGUACGGUGUACCUUGAUAGGUAUGCAUGCCAAGCCUAGAAUUUGAAGUUGGAAGUACCAUGUAUUAGACGAAUAGAUACUACUACUACUGCCUUGGUAGACACUAGAUCAAUUAUACUACCUAGAACCUAC